UGUGUCAACACCGUUAUAGAGUACGUUGUUAUGAUGACACAAGAACUUCCAUGCACGGAUGUAUAGGAUAUGUUUUCUCUUAAAUAUUAGACUACAGAGCAAGUAUGAACACCAUAUAUAACUGUGCAGUGAUCUUAAUAUUUUCGGUGGCAUUGUUUGCAGAGUUUAAAGAGAGUCUGGCGUUGAGUGUCCACUCUGCGUCUUUGAAGGACAAUAAAUAUAGAAAUAAUAUUUUGAAGGAUUUAUCGAACUCUCUAGUACGUGACAGAGUGAAAAGAAGUGCGGGGUCCGGGCAAGAUGGAUGUAAAUCACUGCAGGGACAUGAAUCCACGUUAAAGAAUAACACUCAUACGUAUGCCUUUAAUGACCUGAGUGGUUCGGUGUCUCUGGCCUGGGUUGGUGAUGGCACAGGGGUCUUGCUUGUCCUGACCACCUUUCAGGUGCCAUUCUUUAUGAUUCGCCUUGGCCAGUCCAAACUCUACAGAAGUGAAGACUAUGGGAAGUCAUUUCAGGACAUUACAGAUCUUAUCAACAACACCUUCAUCCAGAGUGAGUUUGGCAUUGCUAUUGGCCCAGAGAAUUCUGGAAAGGUCAUCCUCACGGGAGAUUUGUCCGACGGGAGGGGGUCCCGAAUAUUUCGCUCACAGGAUUUUGGGAAAAGCUUUACCGUAACUGACCUGCCUUUUCACCCGUACAUGCAGAUCACAUACAAUCCCAGAGACAGCAACAUCCUCAUGGUUAUCAGUGUCACGUAUGACUUGUGGCUAUCAGAGGACUUUGGGGCCGGUUGGAAGAAGAUUCACGAGAAUGUUUGCCUGGUGAGAUGGGGCAUUGAUAACACGCUUUUCUUCACCACAAACUCCAAUGGAUCCUGCAGUAACCGGGGAGCGCUGGACUUAAAGAAGACUUCGGACUAUGGCAAAACAUUUAAGACUAUUGGAACCCGAAUCUAUUCGUUUGGACUCAGUGGACGCUUUGUUUUUGCCUCAGUCAUGACAGGCAAGGGCUCAAUGAGGAUGAUUCAUGUGUCAGUGGAUCAGGGUGAAGUCUGGAACAUGGCUCAGCUCCCCAAAGUUGGACACGAGCAGUUCUACUCUAUUUUAGCAGCCAAUGAUGACAUGGUGUUCAUGCACGUAGACGAACCCGGAGAUUCUGGCAUUGGCACGAUCUACGUUUCGGACGAUCGAGGCAUAGUUUUCUCGAAAUCGUUGGAACGGCACCUUUACACCACGACUGGAGGCGAGACGGAUUUCACCAAUGUGACAUCACUCAGAGGUGUCUACAUGACCAGCGUUAUUUCUGAGGAUGGUUCUGUGCAAACAGUGGUGACCUUUGACCAGGGUGGGAAAUGGAGGGCCCUGCAGAAACCGUGGAAUGGGGCGUGUGACUCCACAGCAGCAAACCCCAACUCGUGUAAUCUGCACAUUCAUGCCUCCUACAGUACCUCUAUGAAACUCAAUGUUCCCAUGCUGCCUCUCUCUGAGCCCAAUGCUGUUGGACUCAUCCUGGCACAUGGCAGCGUGGGGGAUGCCGUGUCGGUCAUGUCACCGGACGUCUACGUGUCGGACGAUGGGGGCUACUCGUGGUCACGGGCACUGAAGGGACCCCAUCAUUACGCUAUCCUGGACUCAGGAGGCCUGCUAGUUGCUGUAGAGCAUAACCCCACCCAGCCCAUCUCUCAGAUCAAGUUCUCGACAGAUGAAGGGCAGUGUUGGCACGUUUUUAACUUCACCAAAGAGCCACUGUACUUCACUGGCCUGGCGUCUGAACCAGGAGCCCGCUCUAUGAAUGUCAGUCUGUGGGGCUACACCGAAUCCAUGCUCGGCCAGUAUUGGGUCUCUGUUACCAUUGACUUCCGCCAGCUGCUCUCCAGAGACUGUGAAGAGAGUGACUAUGUUCAGUGGCUGGCUCACUCCGAUGACAUCAGCAAACCCACUGACGGGUGCAUCCUGGGGUACAAGGAGAAGUUCUUGAGACUGCGCAAGGACUCUGUGUGUUGGAACGGUCGGGAUUACAUUGUCACCAAGCAGCCAACACCCUGUCCGUGUACUCUUGACGACUUUCAAUGUGACUUUGGAUAUUACCGUGCAGAGAACAGCUCAGAGUGUGUGGAGGAGCCAGACCUGAAGGGUCAUGUUCUUGAGUUUUGUUUGCAUGGGCGGAAAGAACAGCUUCAAACAAGCGGUUACCGGAAGAUUCCAGGUGACCGUUGUGAGGGAGGAACUAUGCCAGAGAGGAAGGAGAUAGACCUGAGCAGGAACUGCGUUAGUAACUUGAUGAGACCUGAACUGCUCACAGAAGCCAAUUCUAUGAGUUCAGCAUCGAUAAUAGCUGUGGUUAUCACUGUGCUCCUGGUCAGUGCUGUCACAGGGGUUCUACUCAUCAAGAAAUAUGUGUGUGGAGGGAGAUUCUUGGUACACAGAUACUCUGUGCUGCAGCAGCAUGCAGAGGCUAACGGUAUAGAGGGAGUGGACGAGCUGGACCAACAUGCCACCGAAUGUAGCAAGAUACAAUACCACGAUGAUUCAGAUGAGGACCUCCUGGAGUGAGAGAGAAGGAGUCAUGGGAGACCAGAGGUUUCACUGUAGGACGCCUCCCCCAUGCAGACGUGGCUUCUUCGGCGCUGUGUAUGCUUGUUCACCCUCACCGCAGUGCUACUGCUACCACCUGCAGGUCUUCCCCUCCCCAGCCACCUCAGCCCUGACAGCUCACGGACGGAUUCUCAUGCCUACAUAACUUCACCGAAUCUCUGGGACACGAAUGACAUGACCGGUUUUCAACAGGACGGGAGCAUUAAGGAAUGACGGCGUUUUCGCAUCUAAUCUAAACCUAACGUGUUGGAACACCUCUUUUCUGUCUUUGGCUGUUUGUAAUUAUGAUAGGGUUAUUUUUUCUAAUUUUCCGUUAGUAUUAUUUCAUUUGUUACACAGCUGGUGAUUUAAUGCACAUUCUGAUUGGUGGCUUUAUCAUGUUAACACAGCUCAAGUAGUGUAAACAGAGUGAUAUCACCAGAAGGGCUUAGCACAUCAGUAUAUAGUCUACACAACUAUAGUGUCAUACCACAGUGUAAAAGGCACCACUCUCCUGAUGAGAGGAAGGUCAAAUUGACAGCACCAAAACUGACCCUUAAUGAAAGUUAUGUUGGCUUUUUAGGUGGCAAACAAACUAGCAAUUGUCUUAAUUUCAAUGUACAUAACACUAGAUGAAAAUGCUCUUAAAUUUAGCCAUUACUAUCAGAUUUUAAACAGUUAUAACUUGGGGUGUACAUCUGGCUUCACCAAAGCACUUUUUUCUGUUUUUCGUGACACUUUGCAUUUUUGAUUAAGAGGAUUGUCCACUCAGAGCAAUUCCAGAUUAAGGGUUACUGAAAUCAAAGCAGUCCAUUUGUAAUACAGUUCUAAGUGAGUUGACUUGCAGUUUCAUAUAAUUGAGUGAUGAUAGGACAUUUUUCUUUGAAUGGUCAAUAAUCUAAUAAUACUGAACCCUUUACCUACCACGGUAAUAUCGUAAUAUUAGAUAUUACGUACAAGUCUAGGUUCUUUAGACCAAGACGUAACUCCUCAGGUUGGUUGUUCCUGAGUAUCCUGUUUAUCUGGCAGAUAGCUAAUAGCUCCAUAUCCUUUUGUGUUGAAAGACCAGACAAUCUAAUAGAUCUGAUAAUAUACUAAUACAGUGAUAUAAGCUUGUUUUGUUCAAUACCAGAGGUACUAUUUAGGCUACUUAUGGCACAUAUGUGGGCUGAUCUGGAUGGUUGCUUAUCGACUAGACUGGACUGGACUGGAAUGACUUCUCAAAAUCAGCUUUUAAUCAUUCAUUUACCAAACAACUUUUUCCGCCAUAGUAAAUUUGAAUGUGGCUUGGUCGAAGAAACUUUUUGAAGUCACAUGAUCUUAACAUGAGAUGUAAAUAAUGAAAAUUUGAGACCACCUUCAUGUUGCUAUGUUUGAGUUCUUGAAUUUAAUUUACUUUGGAAACAGUUCUAAGCGAAGGUCCAGUUCAAUUUUUCAGCAAUUACAUAUUUAUUUAUUUCCCCUCAAAUGUUACCAUAAAGCUCACUCAGGCACUGUAGACAUACUACAAGCAUUCAUUUUUUGAAAGGAUGAAAAGAAUUUUGGUUCUCUUUUUCAUUAAGCUGGCAGAUUACUUUUGGGGUUAAUUUUCUUCGACAGUGAAACAAAGUGUUGUUUUUAGUAGAAGUAGUUUGCAUUACUUUGAAUGUAUCCUGGAUCAAAGAAAAUACAUGAUUGGAUGGAAAUCUACAUUUUUCUUAAUGUUACUAUGCAUUGCAGUAUUUACAAUGAUAAUAGCCACAGCUCAGUGCAAUAGCCUGCAGUCUAUGUAACAGAAGUAGUUUAUAAAAACAGUUCCUGGUUCACAAGCAACAGUGACUAUCCAAUUUGUUGUACUCUUUGGAAACAGAUGUUGAAGCACAUGUCUGUGUCAUUAUGUUCUUAAGAUUUAGCACUGAAUUGCUUCCAUUACAAAAUGUAUAUUAAUAGCUCUUCAACUCGAAAACCUUAUAUGACAUGCAACAUAGUACCAAUGUACCAAUAGUACCAAUGUUGCUUCUACUCAAACCAAGUACAACUGCAGAUGUGGCUUAUUUAACAAGACAGUGUAGUUUUAGUCUUUACCUGGAGAUUGAACAUUGUCACUCAUGGAAUCUUCUUGGGUUAAUAGUGCUUGAUUACUGAAAAGUUGCCAUCAAAGAUAAGCUAAUUCAAAAUUAAGAGACUGAUGAAGAUGUGAAUACAGUUCAUGUUAUGUACACCUACAAAAAUACAUUACUCAGGGGUCAGACAUUCCAGCAUAUGAUGAAAAAGAUGUUUCAACUUCUGUUGUGAGAGUUUGCAAAGCGUCUUAAAUAAAGACAUGUAAUCAUUUUCAGUGUUGUGAAAAGCUUUUCUGUUUAGAAAGUGUAGACGAUGUUCAGAUGAAAGACAUGGACAACAAUACAUGUAGACAGAUGCUGAGAUAUAUGCAAGUUUAUUGAUCCAACAUAAUACAAUUAAUAACUAAGUCAGUGAUAUGGAGAAUGAAUGAGUUUGAGAAUGUCUUCCUUUUUUCACCAUGAAAUGCACCUGGGAGGGUGCUAUAGUAUGAAUUGUAUUUCUCAGUUAGCUGGGCAAUGCUGUCCAAUAGGAAUGCUCCUAUCUCAACACCCGUUGGCAUAAUGUCAGCUAAUCUUACUACAUGAGAAAUCCUGCUUCAUAGUAAAAUUUCAAAGUCAAACAGAGGGGGCAAAUCUUAGCUAUUGUAAAUAGUAGAAUUGGUCAUUUAUUACUUUGCAGUGAAGGACUUGACACAGUGUGGUAAUUUCUCAUGCUGUUUGAAAGGCUGUAAAUAAGAUUGAUUUCAAACUUUAUUUUGGACUAUUUUUGUCUUUUGAAACAAUUUUGUUUGCAAAUGACUUAUUGGUACUCCACCAUUCUCAUCUAUAAAUAAAAGU